AUGGGUUUUGGUAACUUUUGGAUUAAUAUGGUUAUGAGAUGUGUAACUACAGUAUCUUUCUCUGUGGUUAUCAAUGGCAAACCGGGUAGCUCUUUCAUUCCCUCUCGUGGUCUUUGUCAAGGGGAUCCACUAUCUCCCUACCUUUUCAUCUUGAUCAGUGAUGUUCUCUCACGUAAUGUGGAGGUUGCUGUGAGCCGCGGCUGUCUUCAUGGUGUCCGUAUUUGUCGGAGUGGCCCAACCAUAUCUCACCUUUUGUUUGCUGAUGAUUCUCUUUUUUUCAUCCGUGCUACAGCACAGAACUGCAGUGUUUUGAAAAAGAUUGUUGAUGACUAUUGUUUGGCAUCAGGCCAAAAGCUCAAUGUGGAUAAAUCAUCCUUAUUUUUUUAG